AUGGCUGACAAGAACAGCACCCUGAAAUGCACGUUCUCUGCUCCUGGCCACAGCACCACGCUGCUGCAGGGACUGGCCUCGCUCCGAGCCCAGGCUCAGCUGCUUGAUGUCAUCCUCACUAUAAAUAAUGAAGUGUUUCAGGUUCAUAAAGUUGUCUUGGCUGCCUGCAGUGACUAUUUCAGGGCCAUGUUCACGGGCGGGAUGAGAGAAGCCAGCCAGGACGUGAUCGAGCUCAAAGGCGUCUCUGCCAAGGGGCUGAAGCACAUCAUCGACUUCGCCUACAGCGCCGAGGUCACGCUGGACCUCGACUGCAUCCAGGACGUGCUGGGAGCCGCCGUCUUCCUGCAGAUGGUGCCCGUGGUGGAGCUGUGUGAAGAGUUCCUCAAGGCUGCCAUGAGCGUGGAGACGUGCCUCAACAUCGGCCAGAUGGCCACCACCUUCAGCCUGGCCUCCCUCAAGGAAUCCGUGGACGCCUUCACCUUCAGGCACUUCCUGCAGAUCUCCCAAGAGGAGGAUUUCCUCCACCUGCCCCUGGAGCGCCUGGUGUUCUUCCUGCAGAGCAACAAGCUCAAGAGCUGCAGCGAGAUCGAGCUGUUCCGCGCCGCCGUGCGCUGGCUGCAGUUCGACCCCGCGCGCCGCGCCAGCGCCAGCCGCGUGCUCUGCCACAUCCGCUUCCCGCUGAUGAAAUCCUCGGAGCUGGUGGACAGCGUGCAGACCUUGGACAUCAUGGUGGAGGACGUGCUGUGCCGCCAGUACCUCCUGGAGGCUUUCAACUACCAGAUCCUGCCCUUCAGGCAGCACGACAUGCAGUCUCCGCGCACGGCCAUCCGCUCCGACGUGCUGUCCCUCGUCACUUUUGGUGGCACCCCCUACACCGACAACGACCGCACCGUCAGCUCCAAGGUUUUCUGCCUGCCCGACGCCGCCGGCCGCCAGUUCCGCGAGCUCACGGCCAUGGAGGUGGGCAGCAGCCACUCGUGCGUGGCCGUGCUGGAUAAUUUUGUGUACCUGGUUGGAGGCCAGCAGCUGCAGUACCGCAGCGGUGAAGGCGCCGUGGAUGUUUGUUACCGCUACGACCCUCACCUCAACCGCUGGCUGCGCAUCCAGGCCAUGCAGGAGAGCAGGAUCCAGUUCCAGCUCAACGUGCUGCGGGGCAUGGUCUACGCCACGGGCGGCCGCAACCGCUCGGGCAGCUUGGCCUCGGUGGAGAAAUACUGCCCCAAGGACAACGAGUGGAGCUACGUGUGCUCCCUGAAGCGCAGGACGUGGGGCCACGCCGGGGCCACGGUGGGGGACAGGUUGUACAUCUCGGGGGGUUACGGCAUCUCCGUGGAGGACAAGAAAGCUCUGCACUGUUACGACCCCGCCGCCGAUCAGUGGGAGUUCAAAACGCCCAUGAACGAGCCCAGGGUGCUGCACGCCAUGGUCAGCGCCAACAGCAGGAUUUACGCGCUGGGAGGCCGCAUGGACCACGUGGAUCGAUGUUUCGACGUCCUGGCCGUGGAAUUUUACGUCCCUGAGACCGACCAGUGGACCACGGUGAGCCCCAUGCGCGCCGGGCAGUCGGAAGCCGGGUGCUGCCUCUUGGAAAAAAAGAUUUACAUCGUGGGGGGCUACAACUGGCACCUCAACAACGUCACCAGCAUCGUGCAGGUCUACAACACCGAGACGGACGAGUGGGAGAGGGAUUUGCACUUCCCUGAGUCGUUUGCCGGCAUUGCCUGUGCCCCCGUCAUCCUCCCGCAGGUGACGAGCCAGAGGUGA